AUGGGCUUAUUGAAUAUGGCAGCAAUGUGCAAUGCGUUGUUUCUUGUUGUGGUGGUUUUGUUAUGCUCAUGGGUUUCUUUUGGAGAAGCUUCAGUUUCAUAUGAUUCGAAGGCUAUCUCUGUAAAUGGGCAGAGGAAGAUUCUUAUUUCUGGAUCCAUUCACUACCCAAGAAGCACACCUGAAAUGUGGCCAGAUCUUAUUCAGAAGGCCAAGGAAGGUGGUGUUGAUGUGAUUCAGACUUAUGUUUUUUGGAAUGGGCAUGAGCCUCAACCUGGGAAGUAUUAUUUUGAGGAUAGGUAUGAUUUGGUGAAGCUUGUUAAGCUGGUUCAGCAAGCAGGUCUUUAUGUCCAUCUCAGAAUUGGUCCCUAUGCUUGUGCUGAAUGGAAUUUUGGGGGUUUUCCAGUUUGGCUGAAGUAUGUUCCAGGUAUAAGUUUCAGGACAGAUAACGGGCCUUUUAAGGAAGCUAUGCAAACAUUCACAACCAAGAUUGUGAAUAUGAUGAAAGCUGAAAGAUUAUAUGAAACUCAAGGUGGCCCAAUCAUACUAUCUCAGAUUGAGAACGAAUAUGGACCAAUGGAAUACGAGCUCGGUGCACCAGGCCGAGCUUACACGGAAUGGGCUGCAAAAAUGGCUGUCGAUCUUGGCACUGGUGUACCAUGGGUCAUGUGCAAGCAAGAUGAUGCCCCUGAUCCAAUUAUUAAUUCCUGCAAUGGUUUCUAUUGUGAUUACUUUUCUCCCAAUAAAGUCUAUAAACCCAAGAUGUGGACUGAAGCGUGGACCGGCUGGUAUACUGAGUUUGGUGGUCCAGUCCCUUACCGUCCCGCCGAAGAUUUGGCGUUUUCUGUUGCUAAAUUUAUUCAGAAAGGAGGUUCUUACAUUAACUACUAUAUGUACCAUGGAGGAACAAACUUUGGCCGGACGGCUGGUGGUCCGUUUAUCGCGACUAGCUAUGACUAUGAUGCACCUCUUGAUGAAUAUGGACUUUAUAGGCAGCCCAAAUGGGGUCACCUGAAAGAUUUGCACCGGGCGAUCAAGCUCUGUGAGCCUGCUUUAGUAUCUGCAAACCCUGUUGUUACACCACUCGGACGUUAUCAAGAGGCUCAUGUUUUCAAAUCGAAGUCCGGUUGUGCUGCUUUCCUUGCAAAUUACAAUCAACAUUCAUUUGCAAAAGUGGCUUUCAGUGGACAACAUUACAAUUUGCCCCCUUGGUCAAUCAGUAUCCUCCCGGACUGCAAAAACACUGUUUACAACACAGCAAGGUGGCCGGUUCUUACAGUGCUUUCUGCUGGCCAUGCAUUGCAUGUAUUUAUCAACGGAGAGUUAUCAGGAACUUCUUAUGGAAGUCUCGAAAAUCCGAGAUUUACUUUCAGUGAAAGCGUGAAUCUAAAAGCUGGAGUGAACAAAAUUUCUCUCCUCAGCAUUGCAGUUGGUCUUUCGAAUGUGGGCCCUCAUUUCGAGACGUGGAAUGUUGGCGUUCUUGGUCCCGUUUCUCUCAGUGGUCUUAACGAAGGAAAAAGAGAUUUGACGUGGCAAAAUUGGUCUUAUAAGGUCGGUUUAAAAGGAGAGUCUAUGAGCAUUCACUCACUUACUGGAAGCACUUCUGUUGAAUGGGUCGAGGGAUCAUAUGUCAGCGAAAGACAACCGUUAACGUGGUACAAAGCCACUUUCAAUGCUCCGGAUGGAGACGAGCCGUUGGCUUUAGACAUGAACACAAUGAGCAAAGGCCAAAUUUGGAUAAACGGUCAAAGCAUUGGUCGGUAUUGGAAUCAGUACAAAGCAUUUGGUGACUGUGAGCCCUGCAAUUACGCUGGCUCGUUUAGCGAGAAAAAAUGCCUAUCCAAUUGUGGCGAAGCUUCCCAAAGAUGGUACCAUGUUCCUCGAUCCUGGCUUUACCCGACCGGGAAUCUUCUUGUCGUGUUCGAAGAAUGGGGAGGAGAUCCUUACGGGGUCAAUUUGGUCAAAAGGGAAGUUUCGAGCGUGUGUGCCGAUAUUUACGAAUGGCAGCCGAAUUUGAUGAACUGGCAAAUGCAGGCAUCGGGAAAAGUCGACAAGCCACUGAGGCCCAAAGCCCACCUCUCGUGUGCCCCCGGACAAAAGAUCACGUCCAUCAAGUUUGCUAGCUUCGGUACCCCUCAGGGGUACUGCGGUAACUUCAGCGAGGGGAGUUGCCAUGCGUUUCAUUCUUACGAUGUUUUCGAGAGGUAUUGUGUCGACCAAGAAUCUUGCACGGUGCCUAUUACACCCGAGAUCUUUGGUGGGGAUCCUUGUGCAAAUGUCAUGAAGAAAGUGUCAGUCGAGGCCAUUUGCAGCUAA